AUGACCGUUGAUGCUAAGAUCCCACCCUCUUCUGCAACUGCGGAGCCGACAGUGAAAAGGUCCAACUCACGCGAGGUGGAUUGGUAUCAUCCAACCUUGACCUGGCUACCGGAGACAACUGCAGAAUUAUUCCGUGAAUACUCGGGGAUCCCACAAGAACAGAUCAUGAAACAUAUUCAUGAUGUCCGAGAGAAGGCAUGGGAUAUUUACCCAUAUCCGUGCAUCGGAGUCUUCCGCUUCAUCGAUUUCGGAGCUCACCUUUGCCCCGUGUACCCGGACGUGCUCCAAAGACUCGCGGCGGGACAAACCCUGCUCGAUCUGGGCUGCUGCUUCGGUCAGGACCUCCGCAAGCUGGUUUUUGACGGGGCUAGUUCUGACAAUCUGCUCGGGGUCGAUCUUCACGCGGAGUUUCACGAUCUAGGCUACGAGCUCUUCCGGGACAAGGAGACACUGAAGGCACGAUUCUACUCGCAGAGUAUCUUCGAUGGGGAGUUCCUACCGGAAUGGCACGGUAAGAUCGAUAUGAUCUACAUGGGGGCCUUUCUCCAUCUCUUCAGCUACGACCAGCAGAAAAUCAUCAUCUCAAAGGUGUUGAAAUUGCUUCGCGACCGCAAGGGUUCUCUUGUGUUUGGUAGGCACGUUGGCGCUGAAGAGGGUGGUUCGAUUAGGCUAAACGCCAAUUGGGAAUUAUUUGGGCAUAGCGAGGCCACCAUCGAGAAGCUGUGGAAGGAAGAGGGGGCCAGCAAAGGCGACUGGCAGGUGGAGUCUCGGACUUCAUCCUUUGUCCUUGACGAUAUGAUGAACGGUAAGGAGCGGCCGGUUGGGCAGGAUGAUCGGAUUCGGAUGAUGUAUUUCUCAGCGACUCGGGCGUAG